GCAGUUUUUGUCAAUGAUCCAAAGCUCUCAGAUAUGAAGAAUCUAUUGGCUGCUAAAGGUUUUCAUCCAGAAUUCAGUUCUGGUGUUCUGUAUGUAAAUAAUGUGGUGAGUAUCCGAAGGAAUGAGGCUGGCCGCUUUCAUGUUGAAGGCUGUGCUUCGGAGGAUUAUUACAAAAUUCGUGAUAUUGUUUACGCUCAGUUUGCUAUUGUGUGA